AAACCCUAUUCAGUCUCCAUUCCCAACUCAUAUCUCAGAAGAGUGUCUCUUUGGUUACAUCUUCAUUUCCUAUAUUUGAUAUUUCCUUCUUUCCCACGAGCGAAUCAUGUCAGUUAUCGGAGAGGUUGCUUUAUCCGCUUUGUUUGAGGCGCUGGUUAACAAGUUAACCUCCUCUGAUUUGUUGAAGAUCUUUCAGCAAGAACAAGUUCAUGUUGACCUCAACAAGUGGAAAAAAACGUUACUGAAAAUCCAUGCAGUUUUGGAUGACGCAGAAGAGAAGCGGGAGACAAGCAGGUUGGUGAAGAUCUGGCUGGACGAGCUGGAAGAGUUGGCAUAUGAUGCGGAUGAUAUCUUGGAUGAGUUUGCAACCGAAGUUUUGCGACGUAAGUUAAAUGCAGAACCCAGCACAAGUAAGGUAAGAAAGUUCAUCCCUGCUUGUUGUGUGGGUUUGAGUCCAAGUUCUUUUAUGUUCGAUGCCAAUAUGCGGUCCAAGAUUGCAGAAAUUGACUCUAGACUACGAAGAAUUGGGACAGAAAAGAAUGAUUUGGAUUUGAGAGGAAGCACUGGGGGAAGGACUGGAACAGAAAGAUCAAGGGUGCCCACUACUUCUCUGGUGAAAGAAGACCAUACUUAUGGCAGGGAUGAGGACAAAAAGACUAUCAUCAAGUUGUUGCUGACUAGUGAACCUCGUGAUACUCAACUCUCUGUGAUUCCCAUAGUUGGUAUGGGAGGUUUGGGUAAAACAACACUUGCACAACUUGUAUACAACGAUCAUGAUGUCAACUGUUAUUUUGAUAUGAAAGCCUGGGCUUGUGUUUCUGAAGAUUUUGAAAUUGUAAGGGUGACAAAAGCAAUUCUAGAAUCUAUCACUGAUGAGAAUUGUAAUAUUAAUGAUUUAGACAAAAUACAAGUGAAAUUGAAGGAGAAAUUAUAUGGCAAGAAGUUUCUGGUCAUUCUAGAUGAUGUUUGGAACAAAGACUAUGAUGAUUGGACUAAACUACGUUGUCCAUUUGAAUUCGGGGCUCCAGGAAGCACAAUUAUUGUCACCACUCGAGAUCAUGCUGUGUCAACAAUAAUGGGAACUACUCCACCUCACCAGUUGAAAGAGCUAUCAAAUGAUGCUUGUUGGAGUCUAUUUAUCCAACAUGCACGAGGGUCAACAGAUUCUAUUGCAUAUCCAGAAUUUGAAGAAAUUGGUAGUGAAAUUUUAGACAAGUGCAAGGGCUCACCUUUGGCAGCAAAAGUACUUGGAGGCGCUUUACGCACUAAACGAAAUCCUAAUGAAUUGAAAAACGUGUUAAAUAGUAAGAUUUGGGAAAAAAAUGGUAUUAUGCCAGUUCUUGAAUUGAGCUACCAAUACCUCCCUUCUCAUUUGAAGAGGUGUUUUGCAUACUGUUCACUAUUCCCAAAAGAUUAUGAAUUUGAGGAGAAUGAGCUUGUCUUGUUAUGGAUGGCAGAAGGUUUGGUUCAAGAAACAGAAAGCAACAAGUCGAUGGAAGAUCUUGGUGUUGAGUGUUUUCAUGAUCUACUCAUGAGAUCAUUCUUUCAACAAUCAAGCAAUAAUGGAUCACUCUUUGUCAUGCAUGAUCUUAUCAAUGAUCUAGCUCGAUUGGCAGCAAGUGGCUUAUUCUAUAGAAUGGAAGAUGCAUUGGGAAGUAAUAAGCAAUCCGAGAUUUCUACAAAGGUACGACAUUUCUCUUACACUCAAUGUUUUUGUGAAGGCACCAAAAAGUUUGAAAACCUCCGCAGAAAUAUGCAUCUACGAACAUUCCUACCCUUACUCCUACCAAAAUAUGGCCAAAACUACUUAACAAACUAUGUUCCCAAUUGUAUAUUGCCACAAUUUAGAUGCAUAAGAGUAUUAUCUUUAGGUGGAUAUUACAUCAUUGAGCUACCAAGCUCAAUCGGUAAUCUGAAACACCUAAGAUAUCUCAACCUUUCUCAUACACCAAUUAGAAGUUUACCAGAAUCAACAAGUUCUCUAUACAAUUUGCAAACAUUGAUGUUGAAAGGUUGUUACAAACUUACAAAGUUACCGGAGAAAAUUAGGGAUCUAGUUAAUCUUCGGUAUCUCGACAUUACAAAUGCCAAUUUAAUUAGAGAAAUGCCGGUGGGAAUAGAAAAAUUAAAGAACCUACAUACGCUAUCCAAUUUUGUUGUGGGGAAAGAUAAUGGAUCCAAGAUAGGAGACUUGAUGAACUUGGAGUUUCUUCGGGGAAGACUUUGCAUUUCAAGUUUGGAGAAUGUGCUUGAUGCUGAGGAUGCAAGAAGGGCCAAUUUAAAUGGUAAGAAGAAUUUAGAUGCACUAGAGAUCAAAUGGGGGUUUGCACUUAAUGAUACACAAAAUGCAAGCAUUGCGAAAGAUGUUCUUGACAUGCUACGACCUUGGACAACGGUGAAAGAACUUUCAAUUGAUGGCUAUGUUGGUGUGCAAUUCCCAACAUGGUUAGGAGACCAUUCAUAUUCUCAUAUCGAGGACCUAAAGAUUGUCGGAUGUAAACAAUGCAAAUUCUUACCUGCUAUUGGACAUCUAUCCUCUCUUAAAUUCCUUGUCAUUAAGCGUAUGUCUAUGGUGUUGACUAUUGGUCCUGAGUUUUAUGGGGAAGAUUUCUUGAAAUCUUUUCAAAAAUUAGAAACACUUCGCUUUGAAGAUAUGCAAGAAUGGCAAGAUUGGAUUCCUUGUGGAGUUGAGUAUGGAGGAUUCCCUCACUUGCGUGAGCUUUUUAUCUCUCAAUGCCCCAAAUUGCAAGGGAAAUUGCCACAUUGUCUCCCAUCAUUGGAAAAAUUUUCUAUUAGCAAUUGUGAGCAGUUGGUUGUUUCAAUUCCAAGCCUUCCAAUGCUCCAUGAAUUAGAAAUUGUGGGGUGCAAAGAGGUGGUGAGCAAUAAUAUAGAAGAGUUAUGCUUGCUGGAGUCGAUUACUUUUUCUAUUCCAGGUCUUAAAAGCUUAUCAAAGGAGUUCAUGGAAGGGUUAGCAAAGGUAAAAGAUCUAAAUAUAUAUAAUUGUAAUGAGCUAACAUCUUUGUGGCAAGAGCAAGAUAGUCUCAUUUCCCUUGUUAGGCUGGAAAUCGAGUCGUGCCCAAGUCUCAUCAACAUCAGCUUGACGUCAACAUUAAAGACAUUGAAUAUUAAUGGUUGUGGUGCUUUAAAAUCCCUACCAAUGUCCAAUUGUACAUGCCUAGAAUAUGCAACUAUUGCGAAAUGUAGUUCUUUGAUGUCCAUUUCAAAACGCCAGCUACCUCCAACUUUGAAAAGUCUAGAGAUAAAGGAUUGCGAGAAUUUGCAAUUUUUGAUAGACGAGGGAGAGGCUUCUUCUUUAUUAUUGAAAGAGGAGAGUAUUAACAGUAAUGCAUCUCUUCUUGAGCACUUGGGUAUUAGAGAUUGCCCGUCUCUAAAAUGUGUACUAUUAAGAGGUGACCUAUUUGUGAAGCUUAAAGUCCUUGAGAUUCAGUCUUGCUCAGAGCUGACAUCAUUAUCAUCAAGUAACCAGUUACCUAUUGCCCUUAAAAUACUUGAAGUAGAUGAUUGCCCAAAGUUAGAGUCAGUGGCGGACAACUUACACAAUGACGCGUCUCUUGAAAGUCUUGGAAUCCGUAAUUGUAAAGAGAUUAAAUUCUUACCGGAGGGCCUACACAAACUCUGCCACUUGAAUGACAUAAGCAUAUCACACUGUUGUAGUCUUGUUUCAUUUCCGGAUGGAGGGUUUCUCCCCACUCACCUGACAAAUCUUUCGAUCUGGCGCUGUGAGAAACUAGAGGCCUUGCCCCGCGUGCAUAUGGUCACUACUCUUCAUAUAUAUAAAUGUCCAAGCAUAGUAUCCUUACCAGAAGAGGGCUUGCCGACAAACCUAAAGGAACUUUCGUUGGGAGGGAUGACUAACUGUAAGCAAGUAUUUGAAUGGGGAUUACACAGACUCUCGUCUCUUACAUGUCUCACCAUUUUUGGUGAUGAAUUUGAGGAUUGGCAGUCGUUUCCUGAGGAGGAAGAUGGGAAGAUGUUGCUACUGCUACCUACCUCUCUAACCUCCCUGUCGAUUAGUGGUUUUCCAGAUAUAGUGUUCCUAUCCUCCAAGGUAUUUCAAAACCUCUCUUCACUUGAAGAACUGUGGAUCUGGUAUUGCCCUAAACUCGCAUCCCUCCCAGAGAACGGCCUGCCUCCCUCACUUCUGCAACUACUAAUUUUUAAUUGUCCAGUGCUGAAACAGCACUGCAAGAAAGGAAAAGGGCAAGAGUGGUUGAAGAAUAUCAUCAACAUCCCUUGCGUUCAGAUUGAUUCGAGGUCCAUCUACGAGCUGCAGGAGGAGGAGCAGCAAUAAUUGUGUAAAACAGAGAGAGCAAAACGUACAGAAAUAUACAUAUUUACUCCCUCAAGUGUUGCAGCAGAGGCUAUCUUCUCAACUCCAAAAAAUUCUUCUCAAAUUCCUAAAAUUUGGAGGUUAUAUAUUGUGUUGUGGAACAUGUUUAUCUGUGGGCAUGUACGGAAUGGAGGGAUGGCUUUUUAAUACUAUGCCUGAGUGGCUGAGUCAAAUGUUAUUUUAACUAGAGAUCAUGCCUUGGCCUUGAAUAGAUGAUAGAAGCAUUGUCACCUAUGUUCUACAGAUGGGCAGCCACUCUCAGGUUUUUUUUUUUUUUUGGUUAAUAACUCUUUGGGCAAUUUGGAAAUGCAAGAGUGAGGGCAUGCUUGAAGGGAAGGCUGUCAAUGCUUUUCAAGCUCUUAACUACUGCAAGCACAUGGUCAUGAUCUGUCAAGAAGAAGCAGUGCCUGUGAAUCAUUUUUUAAGAAGUUUUAUACCUCCUGUUUGCAAUUGGACACAAUUUGUUGAUUGUUGAGAACGGCAAGAGCUGAUUUCAGUGGAAGUUUUCUAGUGAGGUGCAAGCUUCUGUGCAAAGAUUGAAUGGGGAACCAAAUUGCAAGAGGCUGUUUUUGUUGGAUGACUAGUCCUUAGUCAAUUUGUGAGGCUUUAUCCUUUGUACUUAUGAAAGGCGUGGUGGCUGCACUUUUACUUACUAGAAGGUCUGAGGUUUGUAGCCUUUGUUAUGGAAAGCAAAUGCCAAGCUGGGAGAUAUAAGCUGUUAAGAAAGACAUUGCUUGAUCUGCUGCGUUCGCGAUUUUGUAAGCUCCCGGUUUGCCAUCAACUAAUCGUGGCUUAAAGAAUAUCCUGGACAGCAUUGCACAUUGUACUUGAAAUCAUAGUUUUAAGAUAUACCUCUAUUGUGAGUACUAAAUUAUAUUAGCUGCGGCUUUAUUAUUGAUGGUUGGAUGCAAAGUGGGCCAGUCAUCCAGCAUUAGAUUGUCUUAUUGGAUUCUUGCAAAGAUGGUCACAUUAGCUAAAUUCUGGCAUCAGGCUCAUAUCCACUUUCAAGGAAUUCACAAUGGACCAAUAAAAUAAGGGUCAAUACUUCUUUGUUUGCUAUUGAAUGAAAUGAAGCAGCGUAUGUGUAAGGAUACAUCCCCCAACACAAGGUUCUAUAUCAUGCUGUGGAACAUGUUUAUCAGUGGGUAUGUAUGGAAUGGAGGGAUGGCUUUUCAAUAGUACGCCUGACUGGAAUGUUCUUACCGUUAGAUCUGAAUUUUUGGAAUCAAAUUCUAUUAAUAAUUGGCUCUCUAUUUGUGUGGGAUGGAGUGAGAGCAUGCUUGAAGGGAAGGCUGUUAAUGCUUCUCAAGCUUUUAACUACUGCAAGCACUUGGUCACUUGGUCAGGACCUGUACUUGCAAUCUGUUGUAAACCUCCUGUUUACAAUUGUAAACAAUCUGUUGAUUCUCGAGAAUGACAAGUGCUGAUUUCAGUGGAUGUAAAUACCAAAAGAGAAUGAUGCUAUUAUGGUUCAAGCUUUCUAUUCAAUGAUUGAAUGGGGAACUAUAUUGCAAUUGGCUGUUAUGGUUGGGUGGCUUAGUUGAAAUCCAUAUUCCUUUAUCAGACAAUUUGUGAAGCCUUGUCCUUUGUAUUUUGAAAGGCAAGGUGACUGCAUGCGUACUUAACGGUAGCUCUUUGGUUUGCAGCCCUUGUUAAGUAAAACAAAUACCAAGCUGGGAGGUACAAGCUGUUAAGAAAGACAUUGCUUAAUGUACUGCAUUCACGAUUUUCUAAGCUCUCAGUUUGCUAAUUCUUCAGUUUCUGGUUUGAUGCACAUAGCCUGGUCCUCUUCUUAUGCAGCUUUUAUGUUAAACAUCCCUGUUUUAUGAUUGAUGGUAGUAUGCAAAGUGGGCCAGUAAUCCCGCAUUGGAUUGAUUUAUUGAAUUCUUGCAAAGAUGGUCACAUUAGAUAAAUUCUGGCAUCAGGUUGUAAAAACUUUUGUCUUGGUUUCUUAUCUUUGUUAAGUGUGAAGGUCAACUGAAAUACAAAAGCUAAUCAGUAAGGAAGACACAUUGACUAAAUUAUGCUAUUUGGGAGGGACUUUGUUGCAGAUAUUGAAUGAACCGAAGCAGCCUUUUUGUAAGAACUACCUCUUCCAACGGAAGGGAAGUUUUACAUUGGUUGUGUGAUCUAAAGGAGGCUAACCAGCUAUUGUAGAUAUUCUAAACCAUUGAAAACAUGGAAAUAGCGAAGCACUUCCAUUCAUUUUGCAAUUCUGGCAUCUGCAAUUCCUAUAAGAAUAUUUUGGUAGCAAAACACCAUAAUGCCAAAAUCCUGUCUGUCUUCUAUGAAUAUCCUGCCCCAGUUCUGAGGAUCAUAAACUACCUAUCCAGCUUGACCUGCUUGUAAAUUGUAAUAUCUAUCCCUUUAAGCAUGUAUAUUAAUGAGGAGGCGUAUUAGGCUUACUUUACAGCUUCAGAUUGUGGUAAUGAUGGAACUUGUCUUUGACUCAAACUAUUCUGUGGUGAAAACUCUUACUACUUGAGAGAUGUAUUAUAAUGUUGCUGCUUGCUAAAUGUAUUAUGACUUUGGUAUUACAGCAGUGGAUUUCAAUGAAUUUGUUCUCUCUUUUCAA